UCAUAAUUGUUUUGAUUGUCUUGUAUAUCAGCAAUCCUCGGAAUUGAUGGAACAUAUAGAUGAAGUCGAAGAGUCGAUUGAAGUCAGCUCUACAAGUGUAUGUAGGAAGACUUCUAAGGUAUAUUUGGCCGAUUCUACGGCUGGAACUUCAAAUUUAAAGCGUCAUCGAGCUAAACGCCAUAGCCAUUUGUCAGAAUUGGGCCGUUAUCCAGUUGUGAAUAAUGAAAUGUUUCAUGAAUUGAUGGCCAAAGCUACAGUAACGCAUAAUUUACCUUUUGCAUUUGUGGAAUAUGAAGGGAUAAGAGAGAUACUUAGUUUCUGGAAUCCUACUGUCAAGACUAUUUCAAGAAAUACUUCAAAGGUUGAUGUUUUAAAUAUCAGAAGCAAAAAGAAAUAGUUCAUAAUGAAAUUGCAAAAAUUCCUAGUAGAGCGUGUUUGACUACUGAUUUGUGCACAUCAGUUACCUUAAAUGGUUACUUUUUUUUUAGGGCUCAUUUUGUUGACUUGAAUUGG